AUGAGCCACAGUCCUUCCCCACCUGGCGCGGUGCAGCUCUGCUACGAGGGCGUGAACGGGUCUUGUAUUAAAACUCCCUACUCGCCAGGAGCCCGGGUGCUUCUGUACGCAGCGUUUGGCUUGGGCACUGUGCUGGCUGUGUUUGGAAACCUUCUGGUGGUGACUGCCAUUCUUCACUUCAAGCAGCUGCACUCUCCCGCCAACUUUCUCCUCGCCUCUCUGGCCUGCGCUGACUUCCUGGUGGGGGUCACUGUGAUGCCCUUCAGCAUGGUCAGGUCCGUGGAGAGCUGCUGGUACUUUGGAGCCAGAUUCUGUGCCCUCCACAGUUGCUGUGAUGUGGCAUUUUGUUACUCUUCUCUCUUCCACUUGUGCUGCAUCUCCAUCGACAGGUACAUUGCUGUCACUGACCCUCUGGUCUAUCCCACAAAGUUCACGGUGUCUGUGUCAGGGAUGUGCGUCAGCAUCUCCUGGAUCCUGCCCCUUGUCUACAGCGGUGCUGUGUUCUACACAGGUGUCAGUAACGAUGGGAUGGAGGAAUUAGUAAGUGCCCUCAACUGUAUAGGUGGUUGUCAAAUUGUUGUAAAUCAAGACUGG